AUUUUCAAAAUUUAUAGCAUAUAUUCUUAGUAGUUAAUACGUGAACUUAUAUUUUAUCUGUUGGUUGAUGAAUUGAGAGCUAUAAAAUAUGAAAGGCAAAACAAGAGGGGCAGAAUCAUUCCUAAACGUUAAGAAAACCUGGCCUCAAAGGUUCCAUCGAUAUUCCAAAACGUUUCUCUAUGGGAAAAAGCAAUUGGAAAGAGACAACAAAAGUCAUUCUUAACGUUUCUUUUAUGAUCAAUUUCCCUGUCAAUUGGAGUUGGUUUUGCUAAGGACAGCCUCCAGAAGCCAAGGACUUCUUCAUCCAAUGACCAAGCUCUUGACUUUAACCUCAAGACAACCAAACCCUCAACAGCAAGAAUCCUCCAUUGUGUCUUCACCCAUUUAUAACCUUCCCAUUCCCAUGCCAUUGAGGAUUAAGGAAACAAACAAACUUGAGCCUGGAACUAUUUGCUACAAUACCAAUGGAGGCUUCAAGUUCAUUCAAGGAAGGUGCAGAGAUCGUCUUCUUUGACUUGGAAACAACAGUGCCGAACAGAGUUGGGCAGCGGUUUCGAGUAUUGGAAUUUGGUGCUAUUGUUGUCUGCCCCCUGAAACUUGUGGAGCUUGAGAGCUUUACCACCCUCAUCAGGCCAACAGAUUUAUCAGCUGUUGCAGCAAGGUCCAGCCGACAUGACGGGAUAACAAGAGAAAUUGUUGCAACUGCGCCGUUGUUUGAAGAAGUUGCAGACAAGAUAUUCAGCAUCUUGAAUGGAAGGAUAUGGGCAGGUCAUAACAUUCAAAGAUUUGACUGUGUUCGUAUUAGGGAGGCGUUUGCGGAGAUCGGCAAGCCUGCUCCUAACCCAGUUGGGAUGGUUGAUUCUUUGGGAGUCUUAACUCAGAAGUUCGGCAAGAGAGCUGGAAACAUGAAGAUGGCUUCAUUAGCUUCCUACUUUCAGCUGGGGCAGCAAAAGCACAGGAGCCUUGAUGAUGUUCGUAUGAACUUGGAGGUUCUAAAGCAUUGUGCUACGGUACUAUUUCUGGAAUCCACCCUUCCAAGCAUAUUGCAGGGGAAGUGGAAGACUUCAUCCACCAUAACAACUCGAAACAGAGCCAAUGGGAAGCUGCAUUGCAGAGAAGAAGGUAGUCGAAAAUCUCCUCCGUCGUCGCCAGGAUAUCAAGCGAGAUCAGUUCCUUAUGCAACAAGGGAAAGAUUGGGAAUUGCAAAGAUGACAGCAAAGGUAAAGAAUGUAGUCUGCAGUGCUCAGGGAAAACAGCCCUUUAACAUCUUACUCAAACAUUCUCGAUCGCUACUACACUGACUCGAAACCAAACGCCCAAUGUUUGGCACUCCCCAUACUUCGUGACUGCAACACACUUCUGUCAACCUUUUAGGAGGCAUCCGCCCCCACAUAUUCUUCAGCUCGACACAAGAAGCUUUCAGGCAAAAAAAACUUUCAUUUUGAGACUGCGACACCCGUAAACUCGUUACGCUGUUCUACUGAACUCGGGCUGGCCUUCCCACACCAAAUUGUUGUUUUAUACUAUUUUUUAAAGGGUCUGCUUCUAUUUUAUAGCAUGGGCCCAUGCCCAAUUUGGGCUUAUUUUUACUUUCAGGCACUAUCUAUUUAUUAUAUAUUUUUAUAUUA